AUGUCAAAGAAUGAUGAACUAAACAAUAAAGCAGAAGCAGAUAAUAGAAAUAAUAAAAUAGAUAAUGAAAUAGAUAAUAAAGCAGAAUUUAAAGAAGAUGAAAUAAAUAAAAUAGAAAAGGUAGAUAAUGAAAAAUGA